UCGUAAAGGCGGAUCCCCUGUCUCAUUUCUUUGAAACUUUGUUUUAAGCAAUUUAUGCAGUUUCUAACAAGCAACUACUGCCUUCACAAACUGUAUUCACGGAAUAAUUUAUAAGCCUGUAGUCUGACAGUCUACGGCAAAAAGACAGUGAAAGGUCAACUGGUUUUAAGAUCCCACUUACUGUCUGACUUGACAAAGUUAGCUCGCCAGCUAGGUGGGUAUUCCCUGUAAGAGACGCCGCAGUAUACCAAAAGAUUAAGAAAUGGGGGACAAGGAGCUGAUGUGGGCCUUGAAAAAUGGAGACCUGGACGAGGUUAAGGCUUUAUUGGUAAAGGAUGAGGAUGUUAACCGGACCCUGGAGGGAGGGAGGAAACCCCUGCACUACGCAGCAGAUUGUGGUCAGGCAGAGAUGCUGGAGUUCCUCCUCUCUAAGGGAGCAGACGUCAAUGCACCUGACAAACAUGGCAUCACUCCCCUGCUCUCUGCCACUUAUGAGGGUCACCUCGCCUGUGUCAAGAUCCUACUAGAAAAGGGAGCAGAUAAGGAUCGGAAAGGACCAGACGGCUUGAGUGCUUUCGAAGCAGCCGAGAGCGAGGCCAUCAAAGCGCUUCUCAAGUGAAUGUGGCACUGAGGGCAGGAUGGAUACAGUCCUACGCACAGACACGGUGGUCCCUGGACAGACGAGAUGGACUUUCUCUCUAUCUCACACACACACACACGCACACACACACACGCGCACAUGUAUUCUUGUAACAGACACACACACACACACACACACACACACACACGCGCACACACACACACACACGCCCCUCUUUGUUUCUGUCCGGGUGCGGCCUUGUCUGUUUCUAGUUUUUGUUUCUGUUUUAUUCUCUUGAUUUUCAGUACUUUUUAUUUUUAUUAUUGUUAUC